AUGAAGUUUGUUGCAUUAAUAUCAGGUGGUAAAGACUCAUUCUUCAACAUUUAUCACUGUUUAUCACAGGGCCAUGAAUUAGUUGCAAUUGCAAAUUUAUACCCUCAAGAUGAAUCAACAGAUGAAAUUGAUUCAUUCAUGUUUCAAACUGUGGGUCAUGAUAUUAUUGAUUAUUAUGGUCAAUGUCUUGAAGUUCCACUUUAUAGACAGAAAAUUGUCGGGAAGUCGUCAAAUCAGAAUUUAGAGUAUGAGUAUACGCAAGAUGAUGAAAUUGAAGAUUUGUACAAACUACUUUGCACUAUUAAGGUUGAACAUCCUGAAAUCGAGGGUGUUAGUUGUGGAGCUAUACUUUCACAUUAUCAAAGAACAAGAGUUGAAAAUGUAUGUGACAGGUUGGGCUUAACAUCAUUAACAUAUCUUUGGCAGAGAAAUCAAAAUGACUUGAUGUUGGAAAUGUGUGAGAGUGGAUUAGACGCAAGACUCAUUAAAGUAGCCGCUGUUGGCUUAAAUGCAAAACAUUUGGGAAAACCAUUACAGCAAAUAUAUCCCCAGUUAUUGAAACUUAAUCAAUUAUACGAUGUACACAUUUGUGGAGAAGGGGGUGAGUUUGAAACAAUUGUACUUGAUAGUCCAUUUUUUAAACACAAGAAGCUUGAAAUUGUUGAUCAAAAGGUUAUAACUCAUCCAGGUGAUGUGUAUUAUUUGAGAUUGAAAGUCCAACUAGUUGAUAAACAAAAGUGUAAUUUUCUUCGCUUACAAGCACCCCCUUUACUAGAACAUGGAUUGGCGGAUGCAACACAGUCUGACCAUUUACAUGAAGAUGUGGCACCACCAAGUCCCUCUUCAACUUACAGCACUUAUACUCCACCGAUAAGUAUAAUUAAUGCACCAAAAAUACUUUUUGUAAGUAACAUCACUUCAAACGUGGGGACAGUGGAAAGUCAGACUGAAGGGAUAUUCAAACACUUGAAAUCAAUAUUGAAUGAAUAUGAACUCACAUUCAAUAACGUGCAACACGUCAAUGUCUUAUUAUCCGAUAUGACUUUAUUUGCCAGAAUGAAUAAAAUAUACGCCACAUUUUUUGAUGAUAUUUAUCUACCACCUUCAAGAAUAUGUCUUGAAACUGAUAUAUCUAGCACAAUUCAAGUAUCGUGUGUUGUCCUUAAAAAUAUACACCCCAAGACUGGAAUACAUAUACGUUCGAGAUCCUUUUGGGCGCCACAAAACAUUGGUCCUUACUCACAAAGUAUAAUAGAUUCACAGACGAGGUACAAACUCGCUAGUCUUUCAGGGCAAAUCCCGUUGAUUCCAGCAACUAUGAAUAUCUCAGAGAACAACAUUGUUUUUAACGCAGCAUUAUCUCUUCAGCAUCUUGACCGAGUUGAGGGGUUAGUCGAUGUGACCAAUCCAGCAAUGAUUACUUGUUUCGUUACUAAUAGUGCAUUUGUACCUAUUGUGAUCGACUGUUGGAACCAUUAUGCAGAUACAAAAGAGGGUAUUUCGGCGUCGAUGCGUAACAAUUUAGUGAUUGUCGAAGUGCGUGCUUUACCUAGAAGUGCAGAUGUUGAGUGGGGCGGAUACAGCUUUAAGGAACUACCUAAUUACGAAGAGGAUGAUGAUGAAGAUGACGAAAUUUCCUUCAAGUCAACACUUGAUGAAUCGAAGUUUAAUUCUUUUGAGUAUCAUAGUGUGUGCUCUAUUGCCGAUAGCUCUUAUAAAUUCAUAUCACUAUUCACAUCAGACAUCACUGUGGUCCAGGAUUUUCUUAAUGGACAGAGGUCGUUUGUUACACUAUUAACGAGUGAAACUGUAUCAAACUUGCAAUUUGAAUACUUCCCAGUUCGCAAAGUUUACAAUGUCGAAGGUAAGCAAUACAAAUAUUGUCUCAUUGUAAGACAAGAACAAGAAUAA